AGGUCGAACACUUUACCAUCGGUCACCAUAAAACCCACAUUAUUCAUCAGGGACUUUGGAAGGCUGCACAAUGAGAACUCAGCUCCGUCGAACGGCGACAAUCUUGUUGUCUCACCGACUGCCAUUAUCAAUAUCCUCACCAACGUCGUCAUCGGGCGUCCGAUGUUUCCAUUGUGCCAUAAGAACAUGGGCAAUUGCUCAUCCCAUUACCGCUCAUGGACCACCUCCGAAAGCUCCCACGCCUUCUGCAGAAUUCAGAAACGAUCCGCGACGAGCGGGUCUAGAGCGACAGAAACCCUCACAACAGCAAGAAAGCCAGACGAGUCCAAGUACCUCCUCACCCGAAUCCACUACUACACGUGUAUCGCAAGCGAAAACUUCUCCUCUGAAGAGCCGAUUUUGGAAGGAUGUUAAUGUUAAAGAGUCAUCAGAUGGAUAUCAGAUACUGCUUGACACUCGACCCGUCCGUAGUCCCACAAAGGCUAUCCUUACAGUUCCCAAUACAAAAAGACAUCUCGCCGAAGCCAUUGCCCUAGAGUGGGAUUUCCUCACAUCCGCGCAACAAGCGCUCAAACAACAUCUUAUACCGCUUACCUCCCUCACCACCCGUGCCACCGAUAUUGUACAAGAAGAUGAACUAGGACAACAAAGAAUCCGGCAAGAAAUUGCGCGAACAGCCAUGCGAUAUCUCGAGACCGAUACUCUAUUAUGUUGGGUUCCAGAAAGGGGGAUUCACAACCCCUUAUCGAGCGCAGCAGUAGCACCGGGGGAGGAGACACUACGUGAUAAACAAGUUAGGGUUGCUAAAGAAAUUAUCAACUUCCUCACCAGAACGAUCUGGCCCGGUGUUGAGAUCAAACCGGUCUUGGACGAGAACAGUAUUUUACCAACCCCUCAGGAUGAGACUACCUUGGAGACAAUCCGAAACUGGGUUUCGGGUCUCCCAGCUUAUGAAUUGGCGGGUCUUGAGAGGGCAAUUCUUGCUAGUAAGAGUCUCCUAGUUGCGGUCAGACUGGUGGUUGAAUGGGGCGAGCAUUUCUCGAGUUUGCAGGAGACUCUUCAUCAGCAAUAUGAAGAGGGGAAGCAAGUGUCGAGAUUCGGUGUUGAAGAAGCUGCCCGAGCGUCAAGUUUGGAGGUGACACAUCAAACUGAAAUGUGGGGUGAGGUUGAGGAUACGCAUGAUGUUGAUCGUGAAGAUUUAAGGAGGCAGCUUGGUAGUGUUAUCCUCUUGGUUAGUGGAGAUCGGAAAUGAAAGUCCCUAUCCUCUAGCCUGAUGGGAUGGAUCCUGUAUAUUUAGUUUGCAUAUAGAAAUGUAAUAACACUUAUUGUACCUAC